UUUGUUCUUCUCCUACAACCGCAACAGCACACAGCACAACAACAACAACGAAGACGAAAAGAGCUUUCUGAAUCAAAUCUGUCAUCUCUUUGCGAGUUUUUAUUUUAGACUGCGUCCUCGUACAUACCAUUUGAGAUGACUUCUUUGUCGAAAUCUGGGUACGAUACCCAUGAUGACGGACCUGGCUUUGUCGGUAUAAGAUUCUGUCAGGAAUGCAACAAUAUGCUUUAUCCGAAAGAAGAUAAGGAAAAUAAGGUCCUGUUGUAUGCUUGCCGAAAUUGUGAUUACAAGCAACUGGCUGACAGCAACUGCAUCUAUGUCAACAAAAUUAUGCACGAAAUUGACGAGCUCACUCAUAUAGUGGCUGAUGUCAUAUCAGAUCCUACACUACCUAGGACAGAGGAACACCCUUGUCCCAAAUGUAAUCUUCGAGAAGCUGUAUUUUUCCAAGCUCAAACACGCCGCGCUGAGGAGGAGAUGAGACUAUACUAUGUAUGUACUAAUCAACUAUGCACCCACAGAUGGACAGAAUAGUUUGAUGUACAUUUUUAUCAUUAUUGAACAUAUUUAUUAAUCGUAUACUGUGACAUUUUGUGCAAUUCAUUUUUUCUUUCUAUUGUUUGAUUAAAUUGUGGUCUACUUUAA